GGGUGAGCGCUGGCCCCGCCCCGCCCGCGGUCACGUGGUGAGCGGGUCAUGUGACCGUGUGGAUCACGUGUGGUCCGGGCGCGGGAUGGAGGCGGUGCUGGAGCAGCAGCUGCGGGAGACGAUGAAGAACCCUGCCAUUAUCGGAGUCCUCUGUGCUGAUGAACAGGGCCUUAACCUGGGUUGUCGUGGCUCGCUGGUUGAUGAACAUGCCGGUGUAGUCUCUGUUCUUGCGCAGCAAGCAGCAAAGCUCACCGCCGACCCGACUGAUGUGCCUGUCAUUUGCCUGGAGUCGGAUAAUGGGAACAUCAUGAUACGGAAACAUGGAAGCAUCACCAUUGCUGUGCAUAAGAUGUCAGUGUGAAGAGGUGGCUGUUGAUUGUUUGAAGCAUGGAACUUUGUCGCAUGGUCUCUGCUGUGGGGUGUACAGGCAGGUCUUUAUCACUGCUCCUGACCUCGAUUGUGUACCAGCCCAUUGGUUCUCUGGAGUAGGGGGGGGGGGGG